ACUGCCCAGCGGCAGAGGACCAGAUGGAACGGUUCCCCUGCCCCUCCCCGGACAGGAUGGGUCGCUACCGGUGUAUCGAUGACCAUGUUCUCUGCGACGGGUUCAUUGAUUGCCCAGACGGCGAGGACGAGGAUAGGCAACAGUGUAUGUUCUACAAAACUACGAAAGCGCACCUGGAUGUUCUUGCAGACGCCAUCAUUAGGUGGGCGCGAGGAGGGAAAUGAUCACGGUGAGGCCUCUGAGCCUACAUCACCUACACCACCACCACUACCUUCCCAUCUUCCCUCCCCCAAUCCCCCCCUCCUCCACUCUACUUCUCCCUCUCCUCCCUCCCCCCAAUCCUAAUUCACCUCCUACUCCGACUCUUAACCCCUUCUGAGACUCCUCCUCCUUCCAGACCCUCCCACUCCACGCAAUAGCCGCCUGUCGACCCAGCCUCUGUCUCCACCUACACGCCUCCUCAACCCAUAUUCCUCCUCCUCCUCCUCAACCUCCUCCUCCUCCUCCUCCUCCUCCUCCAGAAUGACAUCAAGGGCGCCUCGUUCAACAUCCACUACACACGGGGCGAUAACCGUAAUCUCGUCUCGAAACCUCAAGUCUCGUCACUGUGUUUUUAUUAGACUCCUCGCUGAGUGUGUGUGAUGUGACGCGCCGGCAACAACGACAGCAUCCACCCCCGAUUUCGAAAGAAGAAGAAGAAGAAGAAAAAGAAGAAGAUGCGGAUGAGUAACCGAAAGGCAACAGCGCUUUUACCAGAAGGCGGUAUGCGUUUUCCUUUUUUUUUUUUUUUUUUUUUUUUUUUUUUAGCCCGAAAUCCAACGGCGGCAUCUGAAUCUAAAAGAAGAGAAUGCAGCAGGAGAGAAAGAGAAUAGGAAGAAUGAGAACAAAGAUAAAAAUGAGAGUAGAGAUGAAUCGAGAGAUCCUUAGUUAAGGAUCAGAAGAAAAAACUGACGGCUUUAAUCGUCCGCUCAUUGG